AACGUCAUCAAGCCGCGCCGCCGCGAGAGAAGGAGGUCCAAGAUGGCGGCUUUCGGCUUGGUUAGAGCCGGGAUGAGGAAGGAGCUGCUGUUCUUGCUGCGGGGAGGAGGAGGAGGACGAAGGCGGCUGCCGCAGAUGGGGACGGCCCAGAUGAGCCAAGUCUCAGGAGAAGCCAAUUCUGCAGACUUGAAAUAUCCAGGGAUUAUUGAGUCUACUGAGGAAUAUAAAUUUGUGGAGAGACUCAUACCUCCCACUCAAGUACCAGUACCUCCGAAACAUGGCAAAUAUCCUACCCCUUCUGGAUGGAGGCCGCCACAAGAUCCACCUCCUGACGUUCCUUAUUUCGUUCGGCGUUCACGCAUGCACAACAUCCCAGUGUACACAGAUAUCACGCAUGGUAAUCGGAAGAUGACAGUCAUCAGAAAGAUUGAAGGUGACAUCUGGGCACUUGAGACUGAAGUGAAGGAAUUCCUCACUGAGCUGUCUGGAAAGACACCAAGCACCCAAGUUAAUGAAGUUGCUUGCAGUAUUCGUAUCAAGGGCUAUUUUGACCAGGAAUUAAAGACGUGGCUGGUUGAUAAAGGCUUUUAAAUAAAAGACUUAUUUAUGGGAGGAUCUCUGAGUUGGACAGGUGUGUCCUAGAAGUCUGCUGCUUUUUCUUUAACUAUCACUCCACCUGAUGGAGUUUUAGUCAUCUGACACAGUUCUUUAAUAGAGGAGUAAAUAAUUCCCUUUUGCUACAGAAUCGUUCCAGGGAUUAUCUUGGUCACAUUCUUUUAAAACCAGCAUCAGACUUUCAAAAGAAGAUACAGUAGAAUACUCCCUAAAAUUGACAGAUUAAUAAUUUGAUCUGCUGAUGGUAGAUAGAAGCAAGGGGUCCCUGUCACACUGCACCCUAUUUUUUUGGUUGCUAACAUUCUGAGUUAGUUUAAUAAAUAUAUUACUCUGAA